AUGGGCGCUGAUUUGAGUCAUGUAUUAUGUCAUCCAUCAGCUUCGACAGCAAUAAAGGUAAAGAAAGAUGACGAGGAGCUAUUCUCCAGUGAUGAUGACAAUUCAAAACUUAAAGAAAAUGUCAUGGAAAAAAUAAAUUCACUUUCAUUAUCAAGAUUUCAUGUUAUAGUUGUUGGACCUGGAUUAUCAAGAGAUAAAAUAAUGUUUGAAUGUGCCAAAAGUGUUAUUUUGAAAGCCAAGAAAGAUAAUUUACCAAUAGUUAUUGAUGCGGAUGCAUUAACGUUGGUUCAGAGUCAACCAGAACUUAUUAAAAAUUAUUCUCGGGCAGUUUUGACACCGAAUGUUAAUGAAUUUAAAAGAUUCUGUGAAAAAAUGGAUAUCGGUAUAAGCGAUGACGAUAAAGAAUAUGCAAUUAAGAAAUUAAGUUUGGCUUUGGGAGGUGUUACUAUCAUACAAAAAGGGCAUAAUGAUUUGAUUUCUAAUGGCGAUAAAGUUUUCGUGGUUGAUAAUGAUGGUGGACUUAAAAGAUGCGGAGGUCAAGGUGACAUCUUAUCUGGUUUAGUUGGCACAUUUUUAUCAUGGGGUGCAUCAUACAAAAACAAAUUAUGGGAGUAA